AUGCCACAUGUGAGCAUCGGAAUGCCAAACCAGGUGUUCCCAACAAGUUCAGGAAUCCUCUUUUGGAUACCUUCGGCCGGCUGCUUACAGUCUAUCUUCAACCAGCAGAGAUCCACCAGUGGUCACAUCGGCUGUGGUCCCGCAUGUGCCGAAGCUGCAAUGGUCCCAUAUUCCAAAGCGCUCACUGUGACGGUUCCCUACUGGCUGAGCCAAUUAUCUGCCUUGAGCAAGAGACACGAGGCUGACCAACAGAGGCCGGGACGGGGAAACGGACUUUUCAGCCGGAAUGUCCCUCACCUCGACGGCGGUCGUCUGGUUCACCAGUUUGUCCGGGUGGUCGUCAUCAUGCCAUCACCGCAGAGCAAUUCAUUCCACGUGUCUGCCCUUCCGAUUGCUGGCGUGCUGGCUUCUGAACAUUGUGUCCCAACGUUGACCGAGAUCGGGGUCCGUGGCCUUUCUGAGGCCAUUGGGAUGCCGUGCUGCCCUUCGUGA